AAGCGUUGCACCAACUCUUCAGAAGCAAGCUGCUUGUAGAAAGCAACCAUUACUUCAUUGCCUUUGUUCGAGACUCGUAGUUGGCUGGCGGUGAUGGCAGCAGGCGUGGUUUGAACCUGAGAAUUCUCAGUUGAACAACGUUUCCGGGUUCGAAACAGAUGUCGCCUGUCAGUCCCAGCCGAGAGCACAGAAUCUGACAAUGCAAGCCAUGCAGCCUUUCCUUCAUCCGCUGAUUUCUUAACUUAUCUCAAUCGAAUUGCUCAUUAUCCGUGAAAAUGUGGGGAUUCGCACUCGAACCGACGAAGCGCAUCGGAGGCGUUUCGCCUCCUCGCCGUCCGAUCAGGCAUCAUCGAGCUGGAGCCUCCAGGAAAGCCGGCGGAAUUCUCGGCUGGAUUCCUGGCGGUGCUGGCAACAGCUGGCGAGCGAUAUGCUCGCCGGUGAUCGCGCUGGUGGUGAUCUGGCUGCUAGGGAUGAUAGUUUGGAACAGCGGAAUCAUGAGCCACAAGAAGCAGGCAACAGCUCCAUCCGAUUCUUCUCCAGGCCUGGACACGUCAUCAUCUGAAUACGGUGACGACGCUCCUUCCACGACCGAUGACGACACCAGCACCUCGGAUCUCACCCCCUCCUUCACCAACAAAAUGUCAUCUGGAGCAGCAGCAACAGCAGGCUCGGGUGGAGGCUUCGGGAGAGGCUUCGGGACAGGCUCGGGAGCAGGCUCGGGAGCAGGUGAUGAUGGUCUAGAUUCUGAGGAUGGGGACGGGGAAACCGGUCUGUCUUCGGGAUUCCCAAGGUCCUCUGCCACCACAGGCGCAGGGCGGAUGGGGGGUCUUAACUCAGGGAUGUCAUCCGGACUCUCCUCCUGGAGUGCUGCUAGUGGGGGCAAUAGGGGCGGCAACCGGUUUGCUCAGCCUGCUCAGGGUGGGUCGAGAUCGUGGGGAAUGGACGAUGAGGAUGAUAUGAGUGGUGGUGGUGGUGGUGGUGGUGGUGGUGGUAGUAGCUUGGGAUCACGGGGUGCUGCUGGUGGUGGUGCGUUUGGUAGAGGGGGACGAGGUGCAGGGAGGGUGAGAGGAGGACUGGAUGAGGAGGAAGGGGGAGAAGGAGAGGAGGAUGAGGCAGGAGGGGAGGAGGAGGAGGAGGAAGAAGAGGAAGAGGGCGAGGAGGCGGAGGAAGAGGAGGAGGAUGGGGAGGAAGGAAGAGGAGGGAAACGGGGGAGGAGUAGGUCUAAGCGGACUAAAGGGAGCCGACGGGGCAAAGCUGCUGCAGAUGAGGAGGAGGAGGAGGAAGAGGAGGAGGAGGAGGAGGAGGAGGACGGAGAGGGAGGAGACGAAGAGGAGGAGGAAGAUGAGGAGGAGGAGAAUUCGAGAAGUAAGAAGGGGAGGAAGGGCCGUGGUGGUGGUAGGAAGCGGACGGGGAAAGGAGCGAGAAAGAAAACGAGAAGCGCUGAUGAAGAGGAGGAGGAGGAAGAAGACGAGGACGAGGAGGAGAAGGGAGCGAGAAGCAGGAAAAGGAAAACUGGAGGCAAGGCGAAGAAGGGGAAGAAAGGGAGGAAAAAGAAGGGAUGGCGGGAUGCAGGAGAGUCGGACCUCGAUUCGAUUGACCAGGAGGGCAAGAAGGCAGCGGAGGAGGCAGCGAGAGCAGAGGAAGAAGCAGAGCUCGCAGUGGCGGAAGCUGAUGGGGAGGCAACGACUGAGAGGCUGGGGAGGGCGGGGAGCAGUAAGGAAGGAGGAGGAGGGGGGGAUGAUGACGAGGAUGGUAAUGAAGAUGGAGAGAAGACGGGACCGGCUAGCAUGCCGGAAAGUGACGUGGCACAGAUAUACUACUCGGUUAAGACUGCUCAGAGAGGCAUGGAGUCAGCCCAAGUGGACGACGACGAAGAUCUUGACGCCGACGCGUCAACCCACCGCCUGCGCAACGUGGCGUUCCUCCGCAUCCCUGGGACUCCAGUCACAGGGCAGCGCGUGCUGGACUUUGAGCGGCAGCUGGCGUGUGUAUCAAGGGACGGGCUGUGGGCGGCGAACAGGACCCCGCGGUGGAUGCCGUGGGACCUGAACCCGCUCUGGGUUGCCAGACAGCCCAACUAUCGCUCUUGUGACCUGCUCCUUGCUAAAAGGCAGGGAGGUGUCUUCGGGGCAGCAGCGGAGCGCGCAAGGACAUCCCGGAAUGCCAAGACGGCGUGGCGGGUGAGGAAGGAGCUGCUGUAUGAGUGGCGCCCUGCCCUCCCCGAGCAGUGCCCCUUUGAGCGGUUUGACCGCGAGGGGUUCUGCCGCGCUGUGAGGGGGAGGAACGUGGUGGUGGUGGGGGACGCCUUCAGCCUCGACUGGCACGACGCGUUGUUGAACCAUCUGGUCACUGCGGGCACCAAGAGGAAGGCAGGGCAGCUGGGGGAUGCAUGGGCCAACGUCACAGAAGGUGCCUGCUUCGAAACCAGCCACCGCCUCUGCACCGACGUGCCCCUCGUACCUUCCCCCCCCACCACCACUGCUGCUGAUGAUGGCUCCUCAAUUUCUACUGCUGGUAAUGCCAACGCUGAUACUGAUACGGAUUCUGACGCUGAUGCCACUGGUGUUCCUGGCUCUGCUGUCACGACUAGCAAAAUUUCCAACCCCAGAAAUGCUCGAGUGGGUGCUGGUGCUGCUGAUGUAGCUGGAACUGGUGGCAUCGGUGCUGGUAGCUUAGGUGGUGCUGGUUUUGCUGGUGGUAUGCGCACUGGCGUGAGUGCUGACGUUGAUGAGGACACAAGGGAGGGUAUGGCUGGAUCCAGAAAUGGGUUUCAAAGGACGGCCUGGGGAAGAGGACGACGCCUGGCAAGGAGAACGAGGAUUGAUGGAGUGGAGGGGGGGGGGGAGGGGGAGGGGGCAAGUGAGGCAGAGGAGCCAGGAGAAGGAGAAGGAGGAGAGACAGCAGCAGGAACCGAUGGAGCAGAAGGGGGGGAAGGGCUGGGUCUGGGCAGUGGAACCAGGCUGGGGGGGAGAAAGGGGAGGAAGAGAAGGGCGGUGGGGAGGCAGGGGGUUGGGUUGAACCAGGGUGGUGUGGUGAAGCGGAGGAUGGCGGGGUUCAACCUGCGUGUGGUGCUGAACGCGUUUGCCUCGCCGGACACGGGGCGCCCCACCCGCCUCAACAACCGCUGGCUCAAGAGGCUCAAGAAGUGGAAGACAAACAUCCUCGUGCUCUCGCGCACGCCGGCCUUUGGCGACAAGGAACUGAUGCUACAGGAGGUGCGGGAUACUCUAGAGGCAGUCAGGGACCUCUACCCAGACAUGCUGGUGAUCUGGCGCAACGCCGUGGGCGGCCAUCCCAGCUGUCAGCACUUCACUCGCCCAUUGAGGUCGCGCCCCGCCCUGCUGGCAGCCAAGGGGAGGAUUCCGGACGCGUGGCUGCGGCACGCCGAGAUGAACACGGCUAUACGGCCCCUGCUCAAGGAGUACGGAGCAGUGUAUAUGGACGUGGACUCGGCCACCUCGCUGCGGCCAGACGGCCACCACCAGCGCAUGGACGGGUCGAUCAACUGCCACCACUACUGCAUGCCGGGCCCGCUCGACCACUGGGUCUCGCUCUUCCACAACCUGCUGCUGCUGCUCGACCGCCACUCGCCCCAGGCUUCCCUCCCCGCUGCUGCUGCUGCUGGUUCUGCUGGUUCUGCUGGUGCUUCCGGUGUCGCUGGUGCUGGGUCUGGUUUUCCUGGUGCUGCCAGUGGUUUUGGUGGUGGUAGUGGUGGCGGUGAUGGUGGUGGUGGUGGGGUGCCAGGAGUGAGGGUGAGUGGGGUGGUGGGUGAGGGGGGAGUGGUUGUAGAGGAGGAAGAUUUGUCUGAUGUACCGAGGGGAGGGAGGUGGAGGAGCAAGGAGGAGGUAGAAGAGCAAGAGGCGAGGGAGAGGGAGGAGGGCGGAGGGGGGGUGGUAGGGGGAGGCGGUGGGGAAGGGGUUGAGGGAGCAGGGGCAGUGGGAGGGGGAAUGGGAUUAGGAGGAGGGACCACGGAGGGGCAAGUAGAAGGAAGUGGUGGAGAUGGGUUUGGAGGGGCGGGAGGCUCCCAAGAGGUGGCCGAGGCUGGUGCAGAAUCAAGAACUGGUGGUGCUGAUGGUGGGGCUGCUGCUGGUGCUGCUGCUGUUGCUGCUGCUGCCGGCACUGCUGCUGCGGCUGAUGUUGCUGCCUCUGCAGGGUUGCCUGGGGAUGAUGAGGGAACAGGAGGGGCCGGAGGGGCGGGAGAAGGGACAGCAGCUGCAGCUACUGCAGAAACAGAGGCAACGGCCUCUGGUGGCGCUGCUGUUGCGUCUGCCACUGCUGCUGGUUCUUCCAGUAGUGGCGAAGUCGCAAGUGUUGGAGUGGGGGCAGGCCAAGGGGCAGCAGGAACGGGAGCAGGCAAGGAACAGGGAGGAGUCGCUGCCACUGCUGCAACGACUGCCACUGCUGCCGCUGCGACUCCUGCCACUGCUGCCAGUGUUUUGGAGCCAUGCACCAACCUCUCAGCAUGCAUCCCCGGUACCAAGGUCCGAGGCGAUGCAGCAGUGACUGAAGCGCAGCAGGAGCUGUCGUGUGUGGCUGAGGACGGCAAGUGGGUGCGCUUUAACACGCCUCGCUGGCUGCCGUGGUCCCGGGACCCGCACACCAACCCACAUGCGCCACACUAUGGCACAUGCGACCUGAUGCAUGUGAAUGAGACUGGAGGCAAGGGCAUGUUUGGCUUCGCGGCGGAUAAAUUCCGCAAAAACCCGGGCGACCGAGAGUGGCACGUGCGGCCAGAGCUCAAGUACCAGUGGAAGCCCAGCCGCUUCUGCCCGCCCUUCUUCGGAUUCAACCGGCACAAGUUCUGCGCGGCCGUGGGGCAAAGAAACGUGCUGCUUGUGGGCGACACGACGCAGCUGGCGCUGCACGACGUGUUCCUCAACCAUGUCACUACCAUUGCCACUCAGAACGAGAUUGGGGACAUUGCGGAUGCAUGGACAGCGCAGAACCACCAGCCUGUCUGCGCAACCAAGGCGCCACACGUGGUGUGUUCAGACAUAGUUCCAGGGGGCUUCACCUUCCGAGUCGUGCACAACAACCUGCUCUCGCCAGACUCGCCGGGGGGAGGCGCCUUCAACCAGCGGUGGCUGGGUUACCUGCGCAAGUGGAAUGUGUCGAUCGUGGUGCUGAACAAGGGGUUUGAGCGACGGCCAACCCCUGUGUACAUCAAGACGCUCCGUCAGACGCUCACCAGAUUCCGACAGGUGGCACCCGACACGCUGCUGAUAUGGCGAUCCACGUGGCGGGGCCACGAGGGCUGUGAGAACGCCACGGAGCCACUGGCAGCGCCGCCCGACAAUGCAACCCGUGCGGGGCCGUGGGCCUUUGUGAUGGAGCAGAACGAGGCGGUGCGGGACAUGAUUCGGGAAUUUGGUGGUGUGUACAUGAACCUAGAUGCACCUUUGUCGAUGCGGCCAGACGGGCACCUACGUCAACUAAGCGGCCUCACAGACUGCUACUACUAUUGCCUCCCGGGUCCUGUUGACCACUUUAUGCGGCUUCUGUACAACUAUCUUCUCAUCCUCGAUAGCAAAGGAGUAGCUCAGCCCGCUCAGGGAGGUUCUAGAAGAUAGCUAGAGAUGAAAGCUUAUGCGCUAUGAUAAGGAUUGAUUGUCAUUCCUAGUUCUCUGUUACAAUCCAUUUUUCAUCGGUCCGGCAUCAUGGGA